AUGCUCGAUGUGAAUCUGUUGGGAAGCUUCAAUGUGAUCAAGGCUGCUUUGCCGUCUAUGAAAGGUCGUGGUGGCCCUGCUUCCAUUUCUCUUGUUUCCUCUCAAGCUGGUCACGCAGAAAUCUAUGGUGACACUGCAUACUCAGCGAGGAAGUUUGGGCUUCAGGGCUUAGCGCAAGCGUUGCAGCAAGAAGUUAUAUCUCAUGACCUUCAUGUGUCUGAGUGUCUCUUCUGUUUCCUCCAGACACUGACACACCUGGAACAGAAGAAGAGGCCAGAGCUCACUUCCAUCAUAGCUUCCUCGGGUUCAAUAAAAACUAAGGAAGUAGCCAAAAUAUGUCUCGAUGGUAUCAAAACAGGAAAGUUCACAGUGACGUGCCAUUUCAUUGGGUACUUACUGUCUAUUGCGACCAGUCCUAUGUCUCCUCAGAGAUCGUUUUGGCUUGCUUUCGUGGAAGUUAUCUUCGGUGGUCUUAUUAGAUUGGUUUGUUUUUCCAAUGGGGUUGGUAUAACACUAUAG